AUGGAACAGUCAGCCUUCAGCAGCGGCUCUGAAACUGAAGACGACACGUUCAGUAACCUCGAACAGGCUGAGGAACUUCAAGUUAGUGACAGCGAAGAAGUCACUAAAAAUCUUGCAGCCGAAGUCACUCUGCGCUUACAGAACCUCGCGGUAAAGAAAGGACAGCCGUCAAAUUACUUGGGCAACUCGGGCAGAACGCGGCGUGGGUAG